AUGGAGCAUCGAUCGAAUGCGCGGGCUCUCCCAAUCUGCGAAGCUGAAUGGGAUCGACGCCGUUCUGUUAUCGAAGGUCUUUAUCGGCUUCAUGAACUCACAGACGUGAUCGAGCGGAUGGAGCGAGAUUUUGGUUUUCGCGCGACAGACAAACAGUACAAACGUCAAUUUGCUAGAUGGGGCAUUCGCAAGAAUAUCAGCUCCAAGGACAUGAAAGGAGUCCUCGGAAAGCCGAUCGAGAAUGCCACCGUCCGCGGUGUCCAAGUUCCAAAAGCCAAGAUCAUGCGAUUCGAGCGACGACAGCGACUCAAGGCCUCCGCCGUAAAUCGUGAUCAGAUCGGGGUUCAGGGUGAAGACCUAAGUCGGUCUCAAAGUGUUCACCAGGAGCAGAGAGAUGAUCACACCCAGGGCUUAGAAGUCGAAGUUGCCCAAGAUCUGCAAGAGAACCACCUCGUCUCAGAAGGUGAUGGAGAUACGACGAUCCAGCUGCAGCAGCAAAUCAUUGAUCGGCAGCAGCAAGAGAUUAUCAAAUUGAGACAAGACCUUGUCGACAUGAGGUCCAGACGGAGAGUAUCUCAGGAUGAAUUGGGGAGUGGCACAGCCACAGAUACGGCCCGGACGUGUGAAAGUCCACCUCGUGAGCCCCAGGUUCAGGAUGAGCUUGCCGAUGUCCUCCCACGAGGUCUUCCAGAAUGCAAAUGCGACUUGAGUGACACCGGGACCCUCAUUCAGUAUCUUCGGACAUACAUAUUGCUCAGAACGCUUGAAGACACGACUUUUGAAACGAUGCCUCCUACUUGGUUUUCGUAUGCCCUGUUCUCCCGCCGAGGGAAACCUUUUAAAGGUAUUGGUGAUGCCUUCGACAGGCCCUUGGCCGAGUAUGCGAGAUUGGCAAUGUUCGGUACCACGAGGCUUGAAAUCGCCUUGGAUUUUCUUCUGUUUAUCCAUGCCUUCCUCAACUCGACUGAUUCCCCGAGGUCAACGUACGACCGUUGUUGUGUUGAGUCAGCACGCAGGAUCCGAGAACUUAUGUCGACGGAACUCUCUGACCGUCAACGGCGGCGCAUCUGGGCAUUCACGGCUCUGAAGCUUGCGAAACACUGUUCGUGUCAUCUGAACGUCGAUCGGUCAAUCUGA